AUGUAUCCCAUCGCAUGGAAACUCCUCCUUAGUCUCCUCUUUCUCGGCUAUGCCACCUGGUACGCUAAAACACACUUUUACCGUGAUCCUGGCAGCGCCUUCUUUGAUCCCGAGCGGGCAUACGAGCAGCGAUACUCCCUGACCCGAAGGAAGGAAGUACAGCAGUUCAUCGAGUCCCGAUCUUCGACAAACGACACACCAGACCGGCAUGCAGAAAGCAGCAGCAAGGGCGCAACACUCUGCGUGGGUAUCUCGUCCGUGAGGAGGACGAAGGAACAGUAUCUGGAAACAACAAUAGCAAGCCUCCUCACCGGCCUCACAACCCCAGAACGAGCCGACCUACACCUCACAGCCCUAAUCGCCGAACCAGACGCCACCAUCCACCCAGCCUGGAACACCCCAUGGCUCCACCAAGCCCUCGACGACCUCUACACCUACAACACCACCGCAAAACAAACCGCCCACCUAUCCUCCCUCAAAAACGCAGGCCGAUACUCCGAGAAAGGCAUAUUCGAUUACACACACGCCCUAUCCCGCUGCUACGAGUCCGGCGCUCCAUACAUCGGCAUGUUCGAAGACGACAUCCUCUUCGCAGACGGCUGGCUGGUUCGGACAUUACAGGGGCUACGAGGCCUCGAGUCCAAAACAGCCGGGGAUAUGAAUAGCUGGCUAUUCAUGCGGCUGUUCAACCAAGAGCGUUCAACGGGGUGGGCGAGUUCUCGGAUUGGCGGGAAUAAUGAGUUCUGGAUUAUCCUCGGGAUAGGGCUCGGUAUUAUAGCCAUCGCUGCGGUCGCAGGGGCAUUGAUCCGGCGACUACAGAAACGACAGUGGCAGAGCCAGCGCCAGCGCACAAAGACACUAUUCCUAGAGCCUAGUACGCUCUUCGUACUAGUCUGCGUCCUCAACCCAGCGCUCGUGCUCUUGUUUUUCCAGUGCGGGAAGGCGUCUGUUCUCCCGCCAGCGCCGGGGGUGUUCGAGGAGUCCUUUGGGUGCUGUUCGCAGGCGAUGGUGUUUCCGCGGGUCCAGGCGCCUUUGGUUAUGGAGUAUCUGCGAGAAAGGGGAAAGGGCCAGAUUGAUUUGAUGCUGGAUCGGGUGGCGGAGGAGACGGCGUUGGCGAGGUGGGCGCUUUAUCCGGUGCUGGUGCAGCAUAUUGGCGUUGACUCUGCGAGAAAGACAAAGGAGAAAGAGGCGCAGGCGAUUUGGAGCAUGGCGUAUGAAGAUCUGGAUGAGGAUGUGCUGGCACGGAUGCAUUCUAAGAUGGUUGAUGAGUACUACGGUCAUGAGGAUAUUAAUCCUGGUUAA